CACUUCAGAGGAGAUGCCCACCUCUGGCCUGGGCGCCUGCUCCACCCGGACGGAGGCCCCGGGGACCUUGACUCCCCAUGAAAGCCGUUCUGCACCCUCGUGGCCGCCCUUGGCUCUUGGGGGCUGCAGCAAGCGACAGCCCCUCUCCCCACCUUCCAGUUCAAGCUCAUCUCCCAGGCCUACGAAGUGCUCUCAGACCCCAAGAAGAGGGACAUCUAUGACCAGGGCGGCGAGCAGGCCAUCAAGGAGGGCACCUCGGGGAGCCCCAGCUUCUCCUCGCCCAUGGACAUCUUCGACAUGUUCUUCGGCGGAGGGGGGCGCAUGGCGAGGGAGCGGCGAGGUAAGAAUGUAGUCCACCAGUUGUCUGUCACGCUGGAGGACUUAUAUAACGGAGUCACCAAGAAGCUGGCCCUCCAGAAAAACGUCAUCUGCGACAAGUGUGAAGGCGCCGGCGGGAAGAAGGGGGCGGUGGAGAAGUGCCCGGUCUGCAAGGGCCGCGGCAUGCAGGUGCACAUCCAGCAGAUCGCCCCGGGCGUGGUGCAGCAGCUGCAGACCGUGUGUCUGGAGUGCAAGGGCCAGGGAGAGCGCAUCAACCCCCAGGACCGCUGCACCAGCUGCAGCGGUGCCAAGGUCCUCCGCGAGAAGAAGGUCAUCGAGGUGCACGUGGAGAAGGGCAUGAAGGACGGGCAGAAGAUUCUGUUCCACGGGGAAGGUGACCAGGAGCCCGAGCUGGAGCCGGGCGACGUGAUCGUCGUGUUGGACCAGAAGGACCACGGGGUGUUUCAGAGGCGCGGGCACGACCUGCUCAUGAAAAUGAAGGUCCAGCUCUCGGAGGCCCUGUGCGGCUUCAAGAAGACCAUUGCCACCCUGGACGAACGCACACUGGUCAUCACGUCCAAGUCAGGCGAGGUGAUCAAGCACGGGGACCUCAAGUGUGUGCGUGGCGAGGGCAUGCCCAUCUAUAAGGCGCCCCUGGAGAAGGGCACUCUGGUCGUCCAGUUCCUGGUGGUCUUCCCAGAGAAGCACUGGCUGCCCCUGGAGAAGCUGCCUCAGCUGGAGGCGUUGCUGCCUCCGCGCCAGAAGGUGAGGCUGACUGACGACAUGGAGCAGGUGGAGCUGCAGGAGUUCAAUCCUGCCGAGCAGAGCUGGCGGCAGCAGCGCGAGGCCUACGAGGAGGACGAGGACGGGCCACGCACAGGGGUGCAGUGCCAGACGGCCUGAGCACCUGCCGGGUGACGGGGUGACGGCCGCAGCCCCCGGCGGAGGGUCGUCUGGGUUUUCCUCCAGGUUGUAACUAGCGCUAUAGCUUGAUUUCUAUUUAAAUGUUUCCGUGUAAAUCC